GAAUUAUUUUUCUUUUUUAUUAGCCACUAACUUUACGAUUGGUUUCACCGUUAGUCACCGACCGUUAGUCUCCGUUACCGCCGUCAGAUUUUUUAUGACGUGGCAAACAGAACUGCUGACUGGACCGUUAACUAGUGACAUGUCAAUUUUUUUUUAAAAUAUUACAUCUCAUUCUCUCCUCAAAUAAAAAUUUAAAAUAAAUAAAUAAACAUUAAAAAAAUGACGUUAGAUUUUUUAUGACGUCCGAUCUUCAACUCUUCACUAUCGUGGAGCUUCCUAAUCUCGUCCAGCCCGACGAUGCACCACCUGCCGAUGAGGACCAACAGCAGCGGCGUCACCUUCUCGGCGGUUCCCAUGACAUGGAGCUCAUCAUUCCAAUUUCAUCUUGCAUUUUUUCCCAAACCCGACUCGUUCUCAUCUGUCAAGCCCGAAUGGUUCUCCCCGCAGCUCAUCGCAAUAGGACCUUUCCACCAUUCCCUGAACGCGCUCAUAUUGAUGAAGACUUUCCAAGCUCAGCGCAUCCAUCGUGGAAGACUGCAAGCUCUGGCGCCGGAAAUUCGAGCCUGCUACGACAAACACUUGACCGUCACCGACGACAUCCUCGUUUGGAUCAUGUGCAUCAAUGGGCCCUUCCUGAUCGAACUUCUCACCAACGACGGGAACAUUUUCAACUUCAAAAGUUCUUCCUCCACCGACCGCCGCCGCAUGCCGCUGGACAAAUCGGAGAUGGGUAAAAUCGAGAUCUCUGUUUUGGUUUAUAUAAUUAAUGGAGUUGGGUAAGAUUGAGGUCUAUGUUUUGGUUUAUAUAAUUAAUGGAGCUGGAGAAUCAAAUUCCCAUUUUUUGUGGUGAAUCGAAACCUCAUUCAUGUGUUGCAACAGAUCUAGAGCUUGGAAGAAGAUCAGGAGGAGGUUUCAUCCUAGCACGCGACCAUUUAUUCAAAAUUGAAACCGAAAAAAGAGCUUCCAAUUAUCCCGAACUUACAAAUUCCCGGCCGCUCUUGGUGAACUCCUACCCAACGAUCCUGAACUGCCAAUUGGCUCUCGACAAGAAGAGCUCCAAGGAUUUAAUAGAGUUUUCGGCGAGUUGACGGGAGAUCCCGGGAACCGUCGGAACGGUGACGCUGCCAGUGAUCCUCAUCGGCGGGAGGUGUAUCGUCAGGCUGGAAAAUAUUUACUUAUUAUUUAUUUUUAUUUGAGGAGAGAAUGAGGUGUAAAAUUAUUUAUUUGUUUUUAAAAUUGACAUGUCACUAAGUAACCAUACAGUCAUCAUUUCUGUUUGCCACGUCAUUAAAAAUCUGACGGCGUUAACGGAGACUAACGGCUGGUGACUAACGGUGAAACGAAUCGUAAAGUUAGUGGUUAAUAAGAAAGAAAUGUAAUUUGG